ACUAAUUCAACCACAUCGGUAGCUUGCUAGCCAACAUAAAACUGAAACAUUGAAUCUCUGAAUAAUUGUAUAACUACACGAAUCCCAUAGUUUUAAACACAGCGCUGUUAAUGUAUGUACUAGUUGAUUUAAACUUAAUUCGCUUGCUAAAUUUGCUACGGAGCCUACUAGCACCAGGGUAGUCGAUAAUGCUAGCUAGCUAACAUCCCCGACCAUGAACUCACAAAGUUACUCCCCCCCUGCUGAAGAAGAGGUCUGCUGGAUGGAGAAACAAGCUCUUAGGCUGAACGUUGUCGUAAAAGAGGAAGAUGGUGAUAUUACCGUGAAAGGAGAGGAAGAAACAUUCAGAAUGAAAAAAUAUAAAAUGGAGGCUAUCACGUUGAAAGAAGAAGAGGAUGUUGAAGUGAAAGAAGAGAAAAUACCGUUUGUUGUGAAAAAGGAAGGGGGGAUCGAGGCUGUCACAUUGAAAGAAGAGGAGACUGAAUAUCUGAUUAACACAAAGCCAAAAACGAGGCAAUAUGCUCCUUUCUGGCCCUCCCAGAGCUCUACAUUGAAAGAGGACAUCAGAAAGAUACAGGAAGGAUCUAGCGUGGCACCCGUGAGCCCCAGACAGUUUGGUGGUGAUGAUGACGACGCCAUUAACUGCAACGGAGAACGGGACAUGAAGGAUUGGUUUCCUAGCAACAGACUGGAGGCGGAGUCGGCUCCAGAGAAGCACAAGCCAGUGCAGAGGGAGGGUGGUAACACAUCUCUCCCACACCCCUCCCCUGUCCCCGAGUCCCCGGGUCGUGCCUCUCCCGGUAGCGCCUUAAUGUGGGGUCUGAAGAGGGUGUCUGUGAGGCUGGUGGACUGCAGGAAAACAACGGGGCUGAGUGGAACUGUGAGAGAAGGAGAAGAGGGUGAUUCAAUGGCAUCAAGAGAAAGACCAGACUCAGAGGAACCAGAGACAUCAGCUAGACGACACCACUGCUCGCAGUGUGGAAAGAGUUUUACCCGGCUAUUACACGUGAAAAGACAUGAGAAGACACACACAGGAGAAAAGCCCUUCCACUGCUCCCAUUGUGGACAGAGUUUUACCAGGUUAUAUAGCCUGAAAAGACAUGAAAGGACACACACAGGAGAAAAGCCUUUCCACUGCUCCCAGUGUGGAAAGAGUUUUACCCGUUUAUGGCACUUGAACAUGCAUGAGAGAAGGCACACAGGAGAGAAGCCUCACGGCUGCUCCGAUUGUGGAAAGACUUUUACCCAAUCAUGGCACCUGAAAAUGCAUACGAGAAUGCACACAGGAGAAAAGCCCUUCCCCUGCUCCCAUUGUGGAAAGAGUUUUGCCCAGUUAGGGAGCCAGAAAGAACAUGAAAGAGUACACUCUGGAGAAAAGCCCUUCCAGUGCUCCCAUUGUGGAAAGAAUUUUACCUGGAUAGGGAACCUGAAAACUCAUGAGAGGACACAUACAGGAGAGAAGCCUUUCCACUGCUCCUUGUGUGGAAAGAGUUUUACUCAGGUAGGGGGGCUGAUCAAACAUACGAGAAUACACAAAGGAGAGAAGCCUUUCCACUGCUCCCUGUGUGGAAAGAGUUUUACUCAGUUAUGGACUUUAAAAACACAUCAGUGGACACACACAGAAGAAAAGCCUCACACCUGCUCCCAGUGUGGAAAGGGUUUUGUUACAUUACGGGGCCUGAAAAAGCAUGAGAGAAUACAUACAGGGGAGGAGAAGCCUUAUCAAUGCUCUCAUUGUGGGAAAGGUUUCGGACGAUCAGGGUAUCUAAAAGUGCAUGAAAGAAUGCACACUGAAGAGAAACCAUAUCAAUGCUCCCAAUGUGAAAAUACAUUCUUCUCACCAGGGGACGUGAAAAAACAUGAGAGAACACACUCUGUAGAGAGGCCUUUCCAUUGUUCCCAGUGUGGAAAGAGAUUUAUUCAGUCAUCGCAUCUGAAAGAGCACACAAGAAUACACACAGGAGAAAAUCCAUUCCAAUGCUCUCAUUGUGGAAAGGGUUUUAACAGGUUAAGGAGACUGAAAACACAUGAGAUGACACACAGGAAAAUAACUUUUCCACUGCUCCCAGUGUGGAGAGUUUCACCCAGUCAAGAUACCUGAAAAAGCAUGCGCUAACAUACUCUGCAGAGAAGCCUUGAAAGAGAGAAGCUAUUCCACUGCUCCCAGUGGGGAAAAAUAUUUACCUAGUUAGGGAACCUGAAAGACCAUGGACCCCACACUGGGGAGUUGCCUUACAUCUGCUCCCAGUGUGGAAAGAGAGAUUUCACAUAAACACAGGCAGUUUAGCUAGGUAGUUGGCUAGGUAAUUAAACUAGCUAGCUGGCUAGGUAGUUAAGCUGGCUAGGUAGUUAAGUUAGCUAGCAGAGAAAACAGUCUAUGACUAGGGUGCCUGGAGUCUUGGACAAUUUUUGGGCCUUCCUCUGACACCGCCUGCUAUAGAGGUCCACCGCCUGGUAUAGAGGUCAUGACGUGCCCUUGGGCAGUUCUAUGACGGUCUUAAGUACUCUGUUUCUGGGUCUGUAUAAUUGGAAUAUGUGACUGUGGGACACAGGGAGAGACUUGGCCGAACUUUAUCAUUCAAAAGGUUGGAUGGUGAAACCGUAUUUCUGUAAAUCCGGACAGUUCGAAUGGUCGGUGGGAAAUCAAGGAAUGUCGAAUUUGUUUCCUUUGGUGACCUCAUUAAAGACAGAAGACCCACAUUACUGUAUGUUUGUUUGUUUGUAUACACAUCUCAACUACUAUCUGAAUGUUGUAUAAAAUAAAUGAUUAAGCAUAAGAAUACUUUUGAAAAUAUAACAAUUUGAUUUUAGUGUUCUAAAUGAGAAUUGUUUUUCAUAACUUAUGAUCAGGCAGUGGCCACGCCAAAACAUCCCAGGUUGCUGCUGGUGUGUGAAGUGGUUCUAGCUGUGACCUGAAUCAUCAACCAUUGAGAUCAUGGAGCGGUAGUGACAUGGUUGGCAAUUUAAAUACAGACCAGAGGACGUAGGGACUCAGUCCAUACUUUACAAAUGGUUAAGAAAAUCUCUACAAAACUGAACACUACGUAUUCAGUCUGCAGCUGUUUGAGUACCUUAGUCUGGUAAACGCGACGGAUCGAACGACGAAUGGUACUCUGAAAGAUCCAUUCUGGAGAACAUUUCACUAUCGAACAACCAUUGGUAUGCCUGACGUAUCUAUUAUAACAAGCUACAACUACAUUACAUUUACAUUUAAGUCAUUUAGCAGACGCUCUUAUCCAGAGCGACUUACAAAUUGGUGCAUUCACCUUAUGACAUCCAGUGGAACAGUAGUGCAUCUAAAAGAUUUUGAUCUCUGGUGGACUUGACUUUCUGUCGACUGAUUCAGCAGACGGACGGGCGAUCACAGAGAGUGACAACAGAGCUAUACACUCGUAAAUAUGUCAAUUGCAAUUUAUUUUCGAAUGAGCAGCUGUUCAUGUGCAAAAGGGUUGGCAUUUCCAUGAGCGUGGUUAUCAAUUGUAUGUACAUGGGUCCAAUUUGUUUUCCCCACUCUUUAUCGGUCCCCACCCCUUUCCUUUGUCUACCAAGCCGUCAUAUCGGUUUAGUCCCCUAGGGACUUUUCAGUGUAUCAUGUGAGUAACCAAUGUAUAACCUGUCCUGUGUGUGUCUUUAUGUAAUUCUGUGUGAUUUAUUUAGUUAGUUAGUAAAUAAAUAAUUACGCCAAUUUGAAUAUCGCUGAUUCAUAAUUUAUGCUAGGGUUCGUGCAGAUAUCCAAGGGGUUUUGCGAAAUUUUGAAUAUGACUGAGGUAAUAAUACAUAAAUAAGUGACUAAUCGAUAAGUUAUGAAAAUAUCUGAAGGGAUUUCAAUUUGGGAAAUUGUAACUAUUUAAACAACAUUUUCCUGUGGUGCCCCUGACUCCCUAGUUAAUUUCUAUUCCGUGAUUAGUUUAAUCACAUGACAUGAUGUAUUCAUAUAACACUAUGUAUUCAGGACAUUAAGUUAAUUUCUUUGCCACAUUUUUUGCAGAUUUACUUUAGUGCCUUUUACCAAACUUUUUGAUGAAUAUUUGUAUUCUGUUUGUAUUCAAGCUUCAUUCUUUUCACUCUGUCAUUUAGGUUAGUCUUGUGGGGUUACUUCAAAUAGUCUUGUGGAGUAACUUCAAAUAGUCUUGUGGAGUAACUUCAAUGUUGUUGAUCCAUCCUCAGUUUUCUCCUUUCACAGGCAUUAAACUCUGUAACAGUUUUAAAGUCACCAUUGGCUUCAUGGUGAAAUCCCUGAGCAGUUUCCUUCCUCUCUGGCAACUGAAUUAGGAAGGACGUAUGUAUCUUUGUAGUGACUAGGUGUAUGGAUACACCACCCAAAGUGUAUAAGCUAAAACACAAAGCCAACAAGCAACUUGACAGAUCUUAAAGAAUUUUAUGGAAUAAUAAUCUGCAAAUAUAAGAUUUAUCCAGAAAGACUCACAGCUGUAAUCUCUUCCAAAGGUGAUUCUAGCAUGUAUUGAAUCAGUGGUGUGAAUAUUUAUGUAAAUUAGAUAUUUCUAUUUUGCAUUUUCAAUAAAUUUGCAAACUUAUCACA